AUGGGUCAUCAAGGUCAAGGCCGUUCGACGAUGCUCAAGAUCGAUGUAGUUGAAACAAGUGAAACAAAACUAUCAUCAAUUGAAGAUGGUUUGAAAGAUGUGGAUUCGAGUGUUAAUGAUCAUGAUCACAUUCAACAUUCUCGCCCUUCCAAGCAGGUUUUGAUUUUUUCGCCAUUGGAGCACGAAGAACAAUCUUCAGAUUCUUCAAAUCUUAGUCACCAAGAAAAGGAGCGAUUGACAAUGAUUGAUAGUGAGGAGACUAAAGACACUUUGCCGGCAGCUAAUGACAUGUCAAAGGGGUCAAUUUCCAAUGGUCGCCCGUAUGGGGCAGCCGUCGCAUCAGCUUCUGUUUCUUCACAUAAUCAAGCUUGGCAGCUUGAUUUGUUGGCCAAUUCUGUUUCUCUUGAUCAACUGGAUCAAGACCGUUUGAAGACACAACAGGAUGAACGGGUUAGUAUGGGCGAGAUCAAGUUGCCGGAAGAAGAGAGCGUCCCAAAAAAAGGGUUUGGUGGUAAUAAAAGUCAAGUUCGGCAUACCGAUUCUGGUGGCGAUCGAGUUAACCAAACGGUUGUUUCUUCGCAAGCCAAAAGAUGCUCCAAUCAUGCAUGGAUUUACGACAAGAGAGGCUCCGUGUGGUCCAGCAACAAAAGGCAUAAAGGUAAGUCCAUGCAACAUUCUUUUUGUCACGCCGAUAGAGCCAACUCUACAAACUCUUUAUCUGGGACCGGUUCUCUUUGUGUUGAUGUUGAAUCCGAUGAGAGUCAAGAGGAGAAAUACAUUGCGUGGCUGGAUUAUAGUGUUGUUGUAGAAUGGAAGUUUGAGUUGACUGCUGAUCAGAGGAUUCUGAAAUCAUUAGCUGGUCAAGGGAGAAGGCGUUGCACUCGAGCUUAUGCCAAACUUUUUGGGUCUAUACCAAAGAAGCUCGAGUCACAGUUAAAAGGUGAGGAUAGACACCUGGUUUACACAGCAUUAAGUGAAACCAAUGUGAAAUUGGCAACCAACAAAGAAGAGAGCCGCAAGCAGAUCGGUUCUGAUACAGGUUGUGGUCCUACCAUCUCCAACCCAAUUUUCAUACGGUUCAGCAAUCAGUCUGAGGUAAGAUGCAACCAGACGAUUACUUUUCCAUUAAUUUUUAAUGAUCAAGACAAGAAAGGCAGUAAGAAGAAUGAUUCGGGUACAGUUAGUAGUGCUACCAUUGUAAAUCCAGUUCUUAAACAAUUUGGCAGCCAACUUCAGGUUUCGCAUAACAAGAUGGUUACUUCUCUGAAUAAUUCUCAAGGUCAAUCCUUGUCAACAGUCACAAAGGAGGUCAAGAACAAAGGUGCCAUUUCUAGUGUUAAAGUUCAAGACACCGAGAAGCAAAAGGUGAACAGUGCUUAUAGUUCUCCUACUCCAGAUGGCCGGUUCAGUCCAAAAUCAGGCAUCAAUAUUAACAUGUCUCAAGAAUAG